AUGAACACCUUCUUGUUAUGGUGGUGGGAAGUCGACAAUGAGCUAGACAAGCUCGCCCGCACACUUCUCACCAUUUCAGUUCCCACACUACUACUUCUGUGGUACAAAUGGAUAUCGUAUUACAGAAAGCACAUACAACCCUUACCACCGGGUCCCUAUGGCUUACCAGUUGUAGGGUAUCUCCCGUUUCUCGGCUCCAACUUGCAUGAAAGUUUCACUAAGAUGGCUCACCGAUAUGGCCCCAUCUUCAGUCUCAGGCUCGGAAGCAAGCUUCAUGUUGUCGUGAACUCCAUGGAGCUCGUAAAGAUCGUGACUCGUGACCUGGAUCAUAUCAUGGCAAACCGCAGUCCUCCAUUAGCAGCGCUAACCAUGAGCUAUGGUGGGAACGAUAUUGCAUGGUCCAACAGCGACACACACUGGCGUAACAUGCGCAAGAUUUUAGCAAACCAACUUUUCAGCCAUAAAAAUCUAAAAGGCUGUCAGAGUUUCCGAACAUAUGAAGUCAGAAGACUGGUGAAAGAAGUUUACAGUAAACUCGGGACAAAGAUCGAUAUUAAUGAAAUUGCUUUCAACACCGAGGUUAACGUUGUGACAAGCAUGUUAUGGGGUUCUAGCAAAUCAACUGGUGAUGGGAACGAUUCUAGCUCAAUUGGAGAUGGCUUCCGAGAAAUUGAGUUCAAGAUUGUGAAGUUAUCGACAGCUUCAAACAUCUCUGAUUUUCUACCUAUGCUAUCAAGGUUCGAUCUACAAGGAAGGCAGCGAGAAAUGCAGAUGCUUUGGGAAUACGUCGAUCGGAUAUUUGAGAGCAUUAUCCAAGGAAGAAUGGAAGCCAACUCCCGAAAAAAUGAGGCAGAAGCUGAAGAAGAUCAAAGGAAGGAUUUCGUUCAAGUAUUACUCGAGCUUAAAGAGCAGAAAGAUGCUGCAAUAUCAUUAGACAUCGUUAAAAUAAAGGCCCUACUAAUGGACGUAGUGCUCGCGGCUACAGACACAACAUCUACAAUGGUUGAAUGGGUGAUGACAGAGAUUUUGAAGAAUCCAGGCGUAAUGAAAAGAGUACAGGAUGAAUUAACGGAGGUUAUUGGCAUGAACGUUGUCGAAGAAUCUCAUCUGCCAAAAUUAACAUAUUUGGAUGCAGUCAUCAAGGAGACAUUUAGGGUACACACUCCCGUUCCUCUGUUAUUCCAAAGAUGCCCAGAUGAAUCCUGCACUGUUGGCGGAUACACCAUUCCAAAGGGUACUAUCGUCUAUAUGAAUGCUUGGGCAAUCCAUCGGGAUCCCAAGAACUGGACCAAUCCAUUGGAGUUCAAGCCUGAGAGAUUCGUGAUCAACAAAUGGGAUUACCAAGGAAAUAAUUUCAAGUUUUUACCAUUUGGAUCAGGGAGAAGAAUAUGCCCAGGAAUCUCACUUGGGGAGAAGAUGUUGAUGUAUAUAUUGGCAUCGCUGUUGCACUCAUUUGAUUGGAACUUGCCAGAAGAUGAAGAGUUUGAGCUUUCUGAUGAGUUUGGACUUGUGACAAAGAAAAGGAAACCACUUAUAGCCAUACCCUCUCAAAGGUUAUCUGAUGCAAGCCUCUACUCUUUUUGAUAGAGGAUUAUAUAUCUCUCAAUAAAGGGUUCUACCGUUUGUAUAAAAAUGUUAUGUGAGUGUUCAGAUAUGUGAAAUCCGUUACCUUCCCAUCUCCUCAUUUCUUGUAAUUCUUUGUGGUAAUAAUAUUUUUGUGAAUUCUGUAUUUUCUUGCACAUCAUUGUCGGUUCAUGAGAUGACAAAUCAACUUUGGAAAGAAUGUGAAAGAAAC